AUGGAGGACAACGAUGAUAGAAUUUCCUGUGCAGACUCCCCACUGCCUUCUGAUACCAGAUAUGAUAGCAACGAAGAGCUCUUGCUCCUACAGAUGAUAGAGGCAAAUAAAGAGCCUGUCUCGCCAAAUCUUCAAGCUGUCAUGAAUGACAAUGCAAACACAGAACAGACUUCAGAAAAAAGACACCAGUCUCCAUUACUUAUGGCGCGUCCACAGAGCUCGGGGAUAGAUAUGACAAGUUUCAGCUUUUCAAAACCAAUGAAAAGCGGAAAACUCUUUUGUUUGCAGCCUGCCAUCAAUCGUUCUUCUUCUAUCCCAUUUUCACGAGAAAAUUUUAAUCCAAACGGGGAUCAAAUCCUCAAAGCAUUAGAUCAAAACCGGGAGACGAGGGUUACGGACCUGCGCUCAUCUACCAAUCAAAUGAAAAUAGUGAAACGACGACAAUCCGAAAAAAAGAAAACUGGGAAAAGGCUGCCAUCAGAUGCCGGAAACUCACAGUUAACAGAAGAAGCCUUAUUUCAACAGUUAAUGAAUCGAAUAAAGGCUCGAGAAGAGACUGAAGCCAAUGCGUCACUUCUGAGGACCGAAAUGGAGGCCAAUUUAUACACCUUGAAGGAGGAAAACAGAGCUUUGAAGGGCAAACUGGGAGCCAUUGACACAAAGCUCCAGCAGAGAACAUCCGAAGCAAAAGCCUAUAGGUCCCAAACAGAGGAGUGGAAGUCAAAGCUGAAGAAAGUCAAAACAUUCGUAAAUGAUCUUGGGACUGACUAUCAAAACCUUCGAGGGGAAGCUGUUCACCUUAGGGUGACCAAAAGAUCCUUAGAUCGAGACCGAAAAGAGAUAGAAAAAGAUAUCGCAGAUGUUAAAGCGAGCCUUUCACAUUUAACUGAGACGUACCAUGGAAGAAGAGGCUGUCUUUCGGAAUCCGAGAGUGUCAUUGUUGCGCUUAACAAUAGUCUGAAGCAAACAGAAGAAAAGUCUCAGUAUAUUCGUGCACAGCUGGCCGAUGAAAAGAAAAGAUCCAGCCUCCUUGAGUUAUAUAUACAAAAUUUCUCACGCUCGCAGGAUCGAAAGCUUGAUCUCAUCAAGAUAGGCCAAUUUGAAGCGAUGAAAACACUUCAAUCUGCUAUCGUGGCCCUAGGAAAGGAUUGCAAAUCCUCCCAGAAGGAUAUCGAUUGCUUUUCUCGGCUUAUAUCCGAAGAGUCUCUCUCUUUGACUAGAAGUCUUUGUGAUACGGUUUCGGAGAGCAAAAUAGACUUUGAGCGGUGGAAGGAGACUAUUCGAGAAUUGGAAGAUCGGAUGAACGCAAUUGUCCAACAGCUUGCUGGGAAUAUCGAGCAAAAUUCUGAUGCUACCAAAAAUUUGACAGAUUCCUUGAAUGAGCAACUUUCUAGCAUUAGAGAUAGUUUGGGUGAUGAAUCUGCUCUACUUACGCAGCUUUCGCAAAACGAAACUCGGUGUGUUCAUCUAAAUGACCGACUUCAGGCCUCCUUAUCGACCUUCGAAAAAUUAGACACCUCGAUCCAAAUAUUGCAGCAGCAAGAAAUCGGUUUAAGCCAGCAAAUAGAGCAUAUUGGAGCCAGUCUCACCGAUACCAAAAUACCAGAAAGGUUCGAGGAGAUGCAUGUCCAUAUCUCAGAAAAAAUAGGGCUUGAGAACACGUUACAGCAGCUAUCGCUUACGCUGAAGUUGACCGAAGAAAGAUUAAAAGCCCAGGAGCUUGACAAUACGCAAAAAGGCUACGAUGUACGCCAAGCUUUAGCAAAGGCUGCGGAAGCAGAAUUACGAGCAACGAAGCUCGAAUCCAAAAUUUCAGCUCUACAAGAUAAUAUCAAAGCAAUAGAGCAGAAUGCAAAGGGCGAUAUCGAGAGAGCAAAAGCCACCUCACUCGAAAGUUACAAGGAGCAACUCGAACAGCAGCGCCAAAGCUGUUGGGAGGAAAAGAGAGGCAUUGAGCAAGAAGCCCAGAAAGUCAAGGAUCAGCUAACUCAAACCCAGCAAAAACUAAUUGACCGCGAGUUUUCCAUGAUAGAAAAGCAGAAAAAGCAGGAAUUGCUGCUUGCGGAAAAACAAGAGCGAAUCCAUGACCUUGAAAGAUCCCACGCUGAACACACUUCAACCUUGGCCAAGCAGCAAAUUGAAAUCGAGGGAUUUAGGAAGGAAGACGUGACGCAGAGAUCGCAGCAGACUACUCUACAAAGCCAACUUGAUGAAGCGAAUGCGAGAAUUAGCCUUCUCGACAAAGAUCUCCGCAGGGUCACAGAAGAGGCUCAAGAAUCAGGCCAAACCAUACAAGCUGACCUUGACAUAGCCCAGAAACGACUCGAGGAGAAGGGUGAGGAGUGUCGGAGAAUCAAAAAGGAGCUAGAUGCUGCUAAUUCAGCAAAGUUGAGUCUUGAAUCAGGUAAAACAAAGGCGAAAUCGGAGAUUCAUGCGCUACUGAGAAGGGUGCAGGUUUCUGAGUUAGGGAUGAAACAUAUCAAACAGUUGCUCCAUCGACUGGAUAUCGCCCCGGCUGAUCAGCCAUUUCCUGAGACUUUGGCUAAACUUGAAGCCGUCCUAAGUUCAGUGACCCCCAGCAAUUCCAACAUAUGUUUAAUGAGUAACGAAUUAGCUCAAAUUACGACGAUAAAUCCUGAGACAUUACUAGACCACGAUAUCUGUGAGAUGUUUGAACGUCAGAACGAGCAACGACGCUCUCCUUGUCCGGCUCAAGAUAAUGAUAAUGCAUGUAAUCAAGAAAGAGAAAUUGAGAGCAAAUCUAUACGCGUUCCACCAUCGACGUUGACACAAAAAAUUACCCCCUUCUCAAGUGUUUUGGAAGACCUGUCGCCUUCACCUUGUGUAUAUCCACAAAAUGAACAUUUUGACAUCUCAUUCAUGCUAACACAGACACCAGAAAAACAGGCCCCUACUAGUGAGCCUAGCGCUCCGAUAAAAGCGCACGAAGAGGCUAUAGUCCCCACUAGGCCGCCAGAACAUACAAAGCAGGAACUGGAUGCCUCUGGCCAAAAGGCUACUACUGGCGCAGCAUUGUUGAACGACUCUACAUACUGUGCCCGGAAUAAUAUUCGAGAACGCGAUAGCCUACCGGAAAGUCUGCAGAAGGAAUGCGAUCCAUCCCGAGCUGCUGGUCCGGUAACCAGGCGUAACGUAUCGUUUGAGACAAAGAGUCUUGGUGCAGAGGUCGAGAAGCUUCAGGUUCCAGACUCGCAGGGCAAAGGUUCCCAAGCUACCGAUGUAGAGACACCUCUUCUUCAAGAGGAUCCUCCGCAUACCAAUCGAUGGACCUAUAGCAAACGUCAGCGGGACUCUAUGAUGAGAACUCCGGAAAAGCCUCCUCUUCGUACCAUUUCCUAUGUUCAAGAACAGGGGAGUCAUGCCGAUGUGAGCAGGAGUAAAAAGGCCAAGUUGGCUGACACGUCCCCCUGUCUUUCAUCUCAGGCUAGAGCUUCAAGUGACAUCCGUGGCCGCAAAAGAAGUCCUGCUAAAUUGGCUUCUGGGACUAGCCGGACUCCGUCAAACGGGGUAGUCUCAAGCCAGGAUGCUCCAUCACGAGGCACAAAAAGGGGCGGACGGAGGACACGAGGUGACAGAUACAACGCUCGCUUCAACAAACCCACCUAA